UCAAUAUUGAUAUAUCCGAUAUAUAAUGUGUAAACGAUUGAUUUGUAGGAUCGUGUAAGAAAAGAAAUUUCUAACGUGAUGCAGGAAAAUGAUGGAAAGCUUACUAUGAAGGCAUUACAGAGUAUGCCAUACUUGGAUAUGUGUUUGAAAGAGUCGAUGAGAAUGUAUCCUAGCGUCCCUUUUAUAUCGCGUGAAUGUUCCGAAGAUGUAAAGUUACAUCCAUAUUUGGUGCCAAAAGGCACAACGGUACAUCUCGGUAUCUAUGAUCUUCAUCAUGAUGCUAAGAUUUGGCCGGAUCCGGAGGUAUUUAAUCCAGAUAGAUUCUUACCAGAGAAUAUAAGGAGUCGUCAUCGUUAUUCCUAUUUACCAUUCAGCGCCGGACCACGAAAUUGCAUUGGUCAACGAUUCGCUUUGUUGGAGUUAAAAGCUUUGAUAGCUCCUUUGGUGUACAAUUUCUACUUAGAGCCCAUUGAUUAUUUGAAGGAUAUCCGAUUCAAGGUGGAUUUUGUAUUUCGUGCUAUGCAAACAAAACGCGAUUUACAUCUACUUUUUUUGUAUGAGUACAAAUUGAAUCAUAGUGCAACUCAACCUUCGAGAAAUAUUAAUCAAGCUUUCGGAAAUGGAUCCACCAAUGAAAAAAAUGUUCGAUAUUGGUUCCAAAAAUUUCGUUCUGGCAAUUUGAGCAUCGUCAAUGAGCCUCGAAGAAGACCACUGGUCCAUAUUGAUAACGAGGAAUUAAGGACGACUAUGGAAUCCGAUCCAGACACAAAUAUUCGUAAACUUGGGACUAAGCUAGGAACUAGCCAUACGGCUGUAUUGAAACAUCUGCGUGCAAUAAACAAA